UCAACGCUAGACACCGGCACGACAAAAGCAUGCGGAGUGCGGAAGCGAGCAGCAGACCUUGAUGGUAGCUGAUGUGGAUCUUCUUCUUAUCCUUUCCGUCUCCCCCUUCAAUUAUUUUGCUCCCAAUCUAUCAAAACUUUCUCAAGCAAGAAACAGAAAAGAUAAGGGAUCGCCAUGACCUCUCCGCUCUCUCAGCUCGAAGCAAGGUAUCUUAAUGCGUGCCAGAACCAGAAGGUUAUUCCAAAUUCUUCGAUGGUGUUGAGUUUAGCAGAGGCAAGAUAUAAAAAAGCACGCUUUGGUAAAUGCAUUUUGGAAAUCUAUAUUGACCACUUGGAUUCUCUGGAUAUUCCCCCGCUUUUAGAUACAUUAUCUGGAAGUUUAUCUGGCAUUGACAUGGUUAAUAUAAGACAAAAAUCAUCUAAUGCUUCAUUGGAUGGGGAAAAUCUUCUACUUUUAUUCCAAGCUGUCAACCAAAAGCUUCGAAUUGUUGAUCUCAUCAAUUCUUCAUCAUGGAAAGAUGUUCUCCGCGAUAUUUGCCAAAGAGGUAUGGCAUGCCAGAUUUUGAACCUUCGGUUCUCGCCUAUUAGGAAGCUCAACAUGACUGGGAAGUUCAUGGAGUUACAAACACUUAAUUUGGAUUCCAGUGUUCAUUUGACCAGCUUCCAUAUUGAUUGUUUUAGUUGUAUGCCAAAGCUAAUGAGGCUAUCAAUGUGUGAAACAAGAGUUGCCAACCUUUGGAUGACUACUGCCGCACUGUCAAAUCUUCAUUCCUUGUCAGAACUCCGCUUCCAGAAUUGUUCAUGCUGUUAUGAUACUGGGCCAUGCCCGACUUUUGGUGGUGUGUUUGGAAUGGUGAAUGAUAAUAAGCACUCUAAUAAGCAGCAAACAUCUUCCUACUUUGGAGCACAGUGUAUUAGUACGGAAAACAAUUUAAAACCGACUAUUGUACAAUCUGUAGAUAAUUCUCUCAACAGCCUUUUUUCUAAGAAUUGCUUGUUAUCAAGUAAUGAAUUACUUGAAAGCACUACUGAGGAAUCAACAGAUGAAAGUGAUCCAGAAUUUUCUGAUACCUUUACUGAGUUCUGUAGGCAAAACAAUCCAGACUCUGUACUUAGCCCAUCUAAACAUUCUGCACCAUCUUCUACACAUUCUUCAGUAUCAAGUACUGCCCCAUUUUUAGUGGAUACAAUGCAUUUAGGUAGAAGAUUGGAUAAUAGUAACUCUUUUACUGGCUAUGCAACCCGUGGAGAAACUUGUCAUAAGAAUGAUUCCUCCAUGAGUGAAGUGACUGAUAGUGUGAAUUUUGGCAAAACUACAGGGAACUCACUGGAAAAUCAUAUUUCCUCGCAUCCUUCACCAAUUUGUUUUGAGAGAUACUACAGAGAAUAUAUUGUUACAUCAUUUCCACAUUUAAAAGUCUUAGAUAAUAUACCUAUCGGAUUUGUGGAGAGAGAGCAAGCUAAAAUAAUUUUUAUGAGAUAUUUUGAGAGUGCACCUUAUAACAGACGGAGAAAUGAUAGCAUUGUCAGUAUUCUACAUAGGCGUGAGGCCAACAGAGCUAUUUUUUCUCAAACAUUUUCAAAGGUCAAGCAGUCAUUUUGCAGAGAAAGCAAUCACUCCUUUCUCAGGUCACUUUCUGCUGCUAAAGCAGGCUCAUCUACACAAACUUUACAUUCAAUUUCCAAGAUUACUAGUGGUCCAAAUGAAGAGUCAAAGAGUUUCCGUCCAAGACAAUUUGAAUAUCAUCCUACAGACCCAAGGCUUAUGGCCUUUGGAACAUUAGAUGGGGAGCUCAUUGUUAUCAAUCAUGAAAGUGAAAAACUUGUUGGUUAUCUCCCAUCAGUCGGAACACUAAAUAGUAUUUUAGCUCUUUGCUGGCUUAAGAAGCAUCCAGCCAUGAUUCUUGCUGGCUCAGAUAAUGGUUCCUUGCAAUUAAAUGACGUUUGUAAAAUGCCAUCAAAGGUUACUGAUCAAUAUCACAGUCAGAAUGCUUCUAUACGUACAUUUCAUGAAUUUCAACAGUUAACAUCAGUCCAUGUAAAUUCAACUGACGACUACUUUCUUGCAAGUGGAUACUCGAACCAUGUAGCUCUCUAUGAUAUGGGCAGUGGAAGACGUCUUCAAAUUUUUAAAGACCUUCAUAAGGAACAUAUAAAUGUGGUCAAAUUUGCUCAUCAUUCACCAAGUUUAUUUGCUACUGCAUCCUUUGAUAAAGAGAUUAAAAUGUGGGACUUAAGGCUAGGCACUUCACAGCCUUGUUAUACAGCAUCUAGCUCUAGAGGAAAUGUGAUGCUGUGCUUUUCUCCUGAUGAUUACUAUUUACUCACAUCUUCUGUGGACAACGAGGUUAGGCAAUUACUGGCUGUUGAUGGAAGACUCCAUACUUCAUUUGACAUUCCUUUUACCGGAAACUCACAAAAUUACACUCGAUCUUACUAUAUAAAUGGGCGAGAUUACAUAAUCUCAGGAAGUUGCGAAGAACAUGUAGUGCGAAUAUGUUGUGCUCGAACUGGAAGGAGGCUGCGGGAUGUUUAUCUUGAGGGCCGUGGUUCAAGAAAUUCAAUGUACAUUCAGUCUUUAAGGGGCGAUCCAUUUAGGGACUUCCACAUGAGUAUCUUAGCUGCAUAUUGGCGUCCUUCGAAAUUUGAGAUUAUAAAGGUAAACCUGCUACAAUCUGAAGAGUGCCCUAGAGAAAGCACAUCCGUUUAAAAUUCAAUUGCACUGUCUGGAAUCGGGUUCGACUACUUAGAUAAUGUGAGCUUCCUUGCUUCAAGAAGUUAGAUUUGUCAAGCAAAAGGAAGGUGAUUGUAAAAAACAGUAGUGGCAGAAACUGGUCUAUUUCGAAGCUUUAUUCGACGCCCAAUGAUUGCAUGGAUAGCAGCUGUUGCUUGAAUGUGUCUUGAAUGCAUCCAAGUAAUUUACACAUCUAUUUAUAAUUGGUUAGCAAUGUGCUUGUAUGAUUUUGUUCGCAAUGUAUUUGUUGAUAAUAUGCUGUCUUGAAUAUUGUUUGUAUCGAUAGCUUGUAUAUAUCAGUUAUUUAUGUGGACAAUGUUAGAAUUUUUUCUAUUAGCCUUUCCUCA